AUGAAGACAUCAUCUGAGAAAACUUUGGAGGAAGCUGCAAAAGCUGUAGCGCUGCAUGAAAUUCAUGAAGAAGCUUUAUUUUCAGAACUUAUUGAAUCUUCUGAUUUUGAUCAAUUUUGUAAUGGAAUCGAUAAUACUCUAAGUUCCAAAAGUAGAAAAGACAAAUACCUUUGCAUUAAACUAGUACGUCCUUUAGAAAAGUUAAGUAUAUCGGGUUAUUCUGAACGUAAUAAUUACUGCAAUUACAUACGUUAUUGGUUAUAUGAACAAAUAAGUGAAAUUCAUACUAACAAAUCUGCAAAGAUUGCUGAUGUACAUAUGAUGAUUUCUGUUCCCAUUAUUUUGAUGAGAUAUAUUAGUUUUGCUUUUCAAAUUUUAUAUUUCUUGAUUUAA